UCGAUUCAGAGUUAUCUCCCUGUUACUUAUCUCUUCCGGUGUCACCGAAGACACGUUGUCUUCAUCUAUGCAAUUAAUUACUUUUAGCAAUUAAUUAGUUGGUCUUACCUGCACAAAAAUGCCCAAAUACAAGCUGAAGAAGAUUAAACUUGCAGAAUAUGAAAGAAAACCUGAGGAAGAUCUCUCAAUAAAUGGAGACGAGGUACAGUUGUCUGAGGCUGGUACAGAUGUCUCCGAUGAUAGCGACGAUGCACCUGAAGAGGUGACCUUUAGCACAAGUAAGAAAGCCACAUUGGAAACGGCACGGCAGGUACAUGAAAAUCUCAGAGACAUUAAAGAACAGAAGAAAGAGAAGAGAAAGAGAAUUCAAGAAAGAAACACACGGCAAAAGUUAGAAAAACAGAAGGCAGUUCAAGUAUCAGAUAAAGAGUCUUCAGACACUAGAACUGUUUCAAAGACAGCUGUACCACAGUUGCCAGCAGCAUCUAGUGACGAUGAUGAUGAUAAUGAUGAUGAUGAUGAUGAUGAUGAAGAUGAUGAUGAAGAUGAAGAGAAACAAACAGAUAAUCUGUCAGCUGGAGAAGAUCAAGUGGAGUUUACAGAAGACAAAAAUUUCAUCCCCUUAACCAGAGGAAUUAAAGUCGUUCCAUUGACAAAAAAGAUUAACGAAAGAGCAAAUUCUGCAUCAAACUUUCGGCAACAGUCUCUUUAUGGUAACAGGAUUAAAAGAGAUUCCGCAAAAAGCUACUUCAUGAAGUUAAAGAAGAAAAGAGCAAGAUAAAACACUUGAAUAAACAAACACUUUAUAUUUUUAAAAAGAAA